CGGCGGCGAGGCGACAUUUAAAUCCUCUCCGUCGACGAUAUUUUUCUUAGUUCAACGCGCGCUAUUGUGUCCGCGAUCAUCGCUCGCUUCUCGCCCUAUCUAUCCGUUUAAUCGCGCGCGAUCCGAGAAACGAUCGGCAGAAAUAGCACGCCGCGCUCCUCGCCGGCUACCCAGGCUUCCCCUCGUCCCUUCCCGCCGUAUCGAAGCCGCAGCGCUGUCUCCAGAUCGUUUUUAGUGCGGCCAGGUGCGAUGCGCGACAAUAAUUCGGAAGUGACCGCGCGAGCUACGCGCGUUACAUGUGCGCGUUUAUAUUACCGCGACGCAGUCGCUCCGGUCGUAGCGCGGAGGAUCGUGCGUGAUCUGGGACAUCGUCGCGCGACGUUAAUGGGCGGAUCAUCAAUCGCGCGGACGUCCCAGUCGUGCGACGUUAUGUAAAUGCCUCUCACCCGACGAUUCUGGUUAACGGUGACGCUGACGGCUACUAUACCGGCGGCCUUUAGCCAGAAAAUUGGUAUAAUCCGGAGUUCCGGGAGAGCAGAUUGCAACGUGAGCGACUACGGUCAUGGUCUUGAGCGAAACGCUCACAGACUCCAGCUUCUUGGCUAUCACACCGUCUAAGAUCAGAUUUAAACCGCCUAUCACGGAGACCCGACCUUCGACGAUGGUAGGUGGCCGUAGGGUGAAGCAUGCGGCGAGCAAUGAAACCACCACCACGUCCAUGGUCACCGGCGGCGUUACCAAUAGGAGCGACAACAACGUCGUUGUCUCCACUGUACAACCGACCACCACUCAGCAAAAAGUCCGACGGAUCUUCGAGGAGCAGGCCAGGUGGCAAGAAAGCGGCCCACGCAGACGCGUGAAAUGCACAUCGUCGGGCACUGCCUAUUGCGUGGUCAACAACUACAGCAUCGUCGCGUCUAGGGGCGAACUUGCUCGAAAUAACCGCGCCGCGAGUGAGACGACGUCGACGACGACGACGACGACCGGCGUCACUACCAAGAGACGAACGUCGUCGAUCGUAAACGGGAGGAUCCAUUCCAAGGAGGAGAUCGCUCGGAGCGGCAUCCUCGCCGCAGAGGAGCCGAGGAAGCCGAAGGACGUGUCCAAGGACCCGGCAAGACCGGGCAUCUCAAGGGGCAUCCAACGAGGUAUAAUCAAGUCCGCUUCCGUACCGAAGGAUUUGAAGGAAGGUCUUCCAGUGAGGGAGAGAACGUUGCGGCGAGUGCCGGAGGAGGGCAUCCUGAAGAGGUCUUCCGCCUUCCUGGCGAGUCUAGCGCAUCACCAUCCCUCCAGCGGACUCGCCGAGAGGAGUUCGCCGGACGACGAGUUGGCCAGGUUCCUCGGGCCGUCGAACGGCUUGUACGAGCCGCGCCACGGCUCCACGUCCUCGAGAUACGCCGGCCUGAGGGGAUACUUCUCGAUCCUGACGAACGGCGACGACGAAGCGCGCGGACUGUGCGCCCUACGGCCGUCGCCUAGCGUGCAGACGUUAUCGACGAGCCUGAAGAAGAAGGGCGUCGGGGUGAAGAAGUCGGUGUCCUUCAGCUCCGACACCAGCUUCGAGGAAAAACGCGCGCCGUACCGGAAGCCUGCCGUCCACGAGGCCAGGGUCUACCGCAAGGGCGUGCUUCAAGACCACGUACGCAAAGAGACGAUCAAACCAAAAGUGCCGCCCUCGUGGGAAAUACCCUCCGGGGGCCCUACGGCCCUUCUGAGGGCCGCCAGAGAGGCGGACGACAACGGUCUCAAGGAAAUCGUCGCGCAGGCUCGGAAGGUAGGCCUGAAAGGCAUGGACGUCAACGUGGUCGACAGUAGCGGGAGGACGGCCGUAAGUUACAUGGCGGGGAACGGCGCGGCGACGAUGCUCGAGCUGGCGCUCUCUUUCGAAGGCGUGGACCCGAAUCUGCCCGACAAUGAGGGUAACACGCCGCUCCAUUUUGCCGCCCAGGCCGGACAGACCGAAUGUCUCAACAUCCUUCUGGAGAGGUGUCCGGACAUCGAGGUGGACGCCAGAAAUACCUUGGGCUUCACGCCGCUCAUGAAGGCCGCCCUUCAAGGUAGAACCAAAUGCGCGAAGAUUCUCCUGUUCGCCGGUGCAAAUCCUACGCUACGCGAUCACGGUCGAGGCCUGAGAGCUGAACAGUGGGCGAGGUUUUGCGGCAGGUACGUGUGCGCCGAGAUGAUCGAGAGAUUCGCGAGACAUCGUCUGCUGGAGAGAACGACGUCCUGUCGUUGGGGCAGCGAGCCCGAGCUGGCUGCGAAGGUGUUACAAGGAAAGGUGACGCCUAUACCUACGACGCCUCUGCCGCAAUCCUCGGGAUUGAAGUCGAAAAUAAGAAAAGUCUUCCGCACCACCUCCAGCCCGGAUCGAACCUUCUCCCUGGUGUCGCAACUCACCAGCGCGGCUCUCUGCGCGAGCAGUCCGGCUCUGCCGAAGCCGUCACCCGUUGUAAAAAGUCUUCUGCGACCGUUGAGCGUGCCCCAGUUAAGGGUAACAUUGGUUUCGCAGCAGGACUUCCUGGAGAAGACUUCGGAAAAGUACGGGACGAAUUUCACGGAUAAGAUUGAAAACUCAAUCGCAAAGCCGCCACGCUCGAAGAAGAAGAGCAAGUAGUCGAACGUAAAGCUUUCGCGGUCGCGACGACCUGCACGCGUGCCGCGUUUAUAGUCGUCCGCUUCGCGUUAAAACACGCGCGAGGGGAGAGAUUACUCGAGUCUGCUUGACGUAAUAAAAGCAGCGAGACGGACAAGAGUGUUUGUGAUCUAUUUGAGAUCAUUUACGUGUUAUUCGAUUCCGCUGUUGCCUGAUGCAACCGGUCGAUUCAUCGUCGUCGUCCGGAGUCCGCGGUGUCCCUCAAGUAGACCGUAUAGAUCGUUCGUUUUUACCUCGCCGAGAAAUAUUAGCGAUGCAUUUGUCACCCGAGAAGGACCUGGUGGUUUUCGCGACGCGGAGGCAAAAAAGAAAGGGAGCACCUUCGAGACUUCGAUAAAUCACCGCACGAUUUCCAGUCGGCGUGCGGCUGCUGCUAAAGUGUUGUCAUGUUUACGGCCCGCGUACUCGGGAUUGUUUUCGAUGUAAACCGCCGCGGCCGGGCGUAUAAACAUUCGGGACGGUCGAAUCUUAUUUUUAGUUUUAGACUUGUAUAAUGGAUCCGCGCGACGGCGCGGCGGAACGUGCGGCGGAGCGCGCGUGAGGCGCGACGCGGCGCGCGAGCGCGGUUUACAAUCGCAAAAGUCACGAUCACAAGAGCCGAACGAUCUAAACCCUAAAGACAAUCGCGUUGGACGAUCGUGAUACACAUCACAUGAACAUGUUGAGGGAAGUCGCCUCGUCGGUUUUCGCCGGUAAACGGAAUUUCGAUUUUUGUUUGAUUUUCCUGCAGAAACCGCGAGUGUGUAUAGCUCGAAGCGAGGCCUCGGGGGUUUCUUACCGAUUAAAGUGUUAAAAAUGGUCGAGCGGGCUUGCGAUCGAUGUGCGUGUCGCACGUCUCUCUCUCUCCCCCUCCCCCCCUCCCUUAACUUAUAAUAUACGCGUUUUACGUACAAGAUUUUAUAUCGAUGCAGUUAUACUGUCAGAUGGUUGUUUAAAUAAAUGUCUUAUUAAUCAA